CUCAUCAGGCAACACAGUCAGUGCUUUAUGUGAAGAAGUACCAGCUGGUGCCACGGUCUCACAGUCAUCCAUACUUACGUAUUUGUUUGUAUCAGAAAUUAGGAAAUGGGCAGGAUAUUUAGGCAUAAAUCCAUAACUACUAUCCUUGGCUGCUUGCUCGCAUUAUUUCUUCACAAAAUCUGCUUUGCUGAGAAAAUUUGUACAGUCCCCUCUGAACCUGUGACAAUAAAAGAGAACAACACAGCUGACACAGUUGUUGUCCGUAUUAACACAACAACAAAAGAUGUAACGCUGAAUCUCACAGAGAAUCCUGGGAAUGCCUUCGAUCUGAGAGGUUCAGACCUGCUAGCAAAGAAAGGACUGGACUUUGAAACUCUUUCAGGCCCUGAAGAACUAACAGUCCAGGUCCGAUGUAAUAAAACUGGCUUCAGAAGUAUCAUUCUGACCAUGCUUGUUCGUGUGGAGAAUAUCAAUGACAACCCUCCAUCAUUUGCUCAGAGCGAGUAUACCUUUGACAUAAAUGAGCUCACACCAGUUAAUACCAGCAUUGCCCUGAUUGAAGCAACAGAUGAUGAUUCAGAAGUUCUGUAUUACUCCAUGGAACCAACUGUGUACUUCAGACUUGAGACCAUGUAUACGCCAAGCAUCCUCGUGAACAAGGUUUUGGAUUAUGAUGUCAUCCAACAGGUGAAAUUGACCUUGAAUGUGCAGGACACUCAACCUCCAUCACAACCAGGGGAACUGUCCUUCACAGCUUCAACAACCAUCACAGUCAAUAUAAAAGACAUUGAUAAUCGUCCUCCUUGGUUCCAACCAUGUACAAGAGUAACCAUUGGUAAUGCCAAAAUCUGCCUGAGCUUGGGCUAUAGAGGCAGGGUCAAUUUAACGGAGAAACAGGAUGGAACAUUGCAAUUGCAGCCAGGUCCAGUGUAUGCCAAAGAUGGGGAUAAAAGCAGAAAUGAAGAGAUAAGCUAUAAAAUUGUUCGAGGAAAUGAAGACAGUAUAUUUCAGAUUGAUGAGAACUCUGGCAACAUAACCAUGCUGAAACCAGCAGAUAUAGCAGGCCCAAUAUCACUCUUAGUUUUGGCUUCCCAGGUAACAAACAGAGAUCAGUUUGCCACCACUUCAGUCACCAUUGAUGUCAUGAAAAAGAGCAGAAAUCCUCCAAGGUUUGAGAAGGAACGAUAUGAAGGGUAUGUUUACAGUAAUUCAGGCCCGGAAAACAUGGUGCUAAGGGACAGGAUCUCAAACAGACCCUUUAGAGUGAGAGCAAGGGAUGAAGAUUUCGCAAGUGGAAUCAAUCCUGACAUUCGAUACGAAGUGCAAUAUAGCAGCUAUGUUAAUAUAACAACAGAUGGAUUUAUACUUUUGAAGAAAGCAGUUCGGACGGAUUCCUUUGCUUUACAGCUUCGGGCAGUUGAUGUAUCCACUGGUGAGUCAGGAACAGCCGCGCUCUCUGUGGUUGUAUUACCAUUAGGUGUCCAGUCACCCGAUGAAAGCUACCGCGCAGGAGACAUGGCCUUGCUGGGCUUCGUAAUGGCUGCUUUGCUAGUGCUCUGCCUCAUUGUGAUUGGCUAUCUCAUAUCCCGUGUAAAGAAGGGGAAUCCUGGCACACUCAUGUUGUCUGAGGUCAGCAUCUUCUCAUCCAAGCUCAGGCCAUGCUUGAAGUUUACUCAGCCCCCUAACAGGCCAAGUCCAAGAGAUAGCAUGCAGUUCACCAAUGAUGGUUUCUUGAAUGAAGGGGACCCGGGGAGAUCCAGAUCCAGGCGUGCCGAACUGAGAGAUAGGAGACCGGAUGCAGUUCAAGCAGCAAGGGUGCGAGUGAUACCUCGUGAGAGACAGAGGCACUGCAGCUCCUGUGGUCUUCAGGUACACGCCAACCACGCACACCACAGCAGUCCUGCCAUCCAAAUCAAAGGAAGGGCAAGUAAGGAAAGAGUCAAAUCCAUUCUGGCUAAAGAGAGGAAGAGAGAUGACCGACAGAAGACCGUAUGGUUCAAGGAAAGUGAGGAUUCAUCAGAUAUCGAGGUGGAGAUCAUUCCUGAUAAUAUCGGGCUUAAGCCUGAAGAGGACAUGGAGAAAGUGGAAGGGGAUUUUGCAUCCCCUCCACUGGAAAGCAGUGAAAUGGAAUUGGGGGACUUGACUAUGUUGAAUAUACAGGACUUGAGUAGCAGCAGGGAAACUGCUAUUUCUGAUAGUGGAGACGGACUUAACACGGAUAAAAGAGACCAGUGAGGACCAGAGAGCGUAGCACUCAAGAAAAGCCAUGAACUAGAGCUCUUUGCUCUUUGGAAACUGAAUGUUAUUUUGGCUGAACUAAUACAGUAUAUUGUUGUAAAAAUAAAACACCAUUUUGCCCCUAUUUGGUGCUUUUAAAAGAUAUAUUUGUGGCACAAUUGACAGUUGUGGUAACCAGUAUUUAGGCUAUGAGCUCUGAUUUGUGUUUUCCAUUGUUUUAUAUUAUGUGUGCUAAACUAACAGACAAACAUGUUUUGAGUUAAUACAUCUUAACUGAAUAAUACAACAUUCACAAUAAUUAAAGAAAACAGUACUUAGUAUUUAAUGCUGGUUUUCUGCUCUUAUUUUAUGUCUGUGGUGUUUAUGAAUAAUAAAUUGUGGAAUACAAUAUUUUUUAUGAAAAUGUAAAUGAUUUGAUAUGAAAAAAUCCAGAAUAAAGCAAAUUUGAACAAGUCAAGAAAACAUAUAACUGCAUGUUUAUAUGCCAACCUUGGCUGCCAUAUAUUCGUAACACCCAAGGGCAGUUCAGUCAUACAAUCUUUAUUUAAAUGGGGCAAGACCGAAAAUUCCAGUGUUGGUCCAGGUUCAAAUGUUCAUGACACAUUUCAAAUUAGCAGUACAAUCUGAAAACAACAGUAUAAUUACUUGUGCAUCUUAAGCUCAAAUCAUGCAAAAAUAAAUAAAUAAAUAAUAAAAUAAGAAAUAAAAAUAACAUGCUUUUACAACUCAGACUUUCCGAGUUGGGGGCGGUUUAAGAGUCAUGGCAGAAGCUAAUUGUUAUUGAUAAUAAUUCCGUUUUUCUUGAGGAUUUGACUGUGUAGUUUAGUUUGUAUGCAUUUUUUGUUGUACUGUUAAUGAAGAAUAACGACAAAACUUGCCAGAAAAUAAGACUAAUUUAGCUGGUUAAUGAAACCACAAGCAUUUGCAACAAAACUACAUUUUCCAUCAUUAUAUGUGACCGCACAAGAAUGAUAAAAUAAACUAAAGCAUUAAUUACACACCUUAUGUGUGGCUUUGCUCUUCAUUUUCUUGCAUUGGUCCUAAAAAAGCUUUCUGCCUUCGCUAGUAGGCGAAAAAGAAAGAAAUAUGAAAUUGCAAAACGGGUCUUUUUCUUUCCAACUAAAAUCACUUGAACGUAGUACAUCACUUUGUAUUUGCGAUUUCUGACCUCGUAAAUACGAACUUCACAGGCGGACUUGAACGCACCACAUCCAGGCUAAUCCAGUCAAUGCGCAUGCACUUUUUCGAGUAAACAGACAUGUGAUAUUUGUAUCAAAAAGCUCUUUUAACUGUAAGGAGGGACUUUAGGCUUAGACCAUGAGCCCAAAUUACAAGUUGAGAAACUUUUAUGCUACUGUUUGCUGCUUAGCUUCGUCAGUUAGCCCCUACUGAUCCCGUAGCUACACCAUUAUGCGGUCAAAAUAGCAUGGAUCCAAAUGUUUCUCCACUGAAAAGUACCCGUGUUUCUGACUAAAUACAUUUUCAAUACAUACUUUGCUCAUAAAGUGAUAUGUUUCACCAGUGACUUACUGAUGUUUUCCCUGCUUGCUGCAAGGAGUUCGUCUACUUUAGACAGAGAUUAGUUAGCCUUUAAGCGUUAGGCGUUUAAAAUCAGUUCUCCCAAAGGAAGCAAAGAUGGCAAGAUUUGUAGCUCAGGUAAAAUCCUUGGUAUAUUCAUGCUGUAUAUUUGAAUCAUUAUAUGUUUUAGUUUACAUGUUUCUCCAAUAAGACCACAAACUUUCUGAAUGCAGCUCAAUAGAAGAUUCUGCUUUCUGAGGCAUCAAGUGUUCAACUAUUUUGCCUCCUUUGGAAAUCGUUAUUAUGUUUUUAAUGUAAGCAUUCUGCUGCAUAAGUUAAGUCUGUAAUUGAAUGUACUUGCCA